AUGCCCACUUCACCAGCAGCUGCUCUGGCAGAUCUCUUCUCCAAGGCACGCCUCACGCUCCAGCUCCCUUCGUCAUCCCCGGCUGCUUCGAGAUCGGUCGCCUUCUUCGACGAGGUGCUCAAUGUGCAAGCCAUCUUGACAUUGCCAUCAGACCCGCUCCUCCCUAUCGCAUCCGCGUCCACGUCGGCCCACGCUUCGCCUCAUCCGAUACCCUUGCCUUUGCCCGCAUUGCCAUCCUCUACGUCGUUAGCUCAGCAGAGCAUCUCGCCGUAUCUCACCGCCCUCCUCGCCUGCCUUCACGUCAACCUUGUCAGCGACUACGUCCCCAACCAGCCCUCUCCUUCCACGCAUACCUCAAAGUCAACAAAUCCCUACGAGCCGCUCGCUACCGUACAAUCUCGCUUCGAGCACCUCCAACUCUUACCUUCCCACAAUCCUCAUCCAGAUCCGGCUCAACCGCAGCAUGCCGCCGUCCGUGCCUUCUCCAACGCCUGGGCAGGCAAUCAGCCACCAAAACCUCAUCGUACGCUCAAGGAUUCUUCCAACACCCAAGGCUCUAUGUCCUCCAGCUUCUCCCACAAAGCCCACCUGACGCACGAUGGGCAACACUGGAGCGUCCACUGGCAUUGUCGCGUUCCGGUCAACUACAUCGCUACGCCCUUCCUACCCUCCCUCUCCAUCACUGCCGCGCUGACGCUUCGUCUGGACCAAGCCUUGCUGCAACAUCUCAUCCCCGUCUCCUCUACUCCACCUUUCGCUCGUUCAGGCUUCGCGCAUUCUCUCCUGUCUCCUCUCCACGAAGGCCCCGUCUAUCCCGACGAGUCUCCGCUUCAAAGUCAAGCACGAGCAAAUGCGGCAUCUGCCUUGGGCCUCGACGGUCCCAACGGUCUCGGCUCGUUCCUCGCUCACCUUCCCAAGGAUGUCGUCGGCGGAAACAACGCUGUUGUGACACCUCGCUCGGGCGCAAGGGCUCUUGGCGCUAUACACGAGCGUAGAAACGAUGCCCUGGCUGCGGAUCCUGCUCUCAACAGACCCAUCUCCAAACCAGACGUCAAUGGUGAUCUCGCUGCCUUAACCUCUAGACCCACAUCCAUCCCACAUUUCGCACAGUCCUCCGCGCAGGCUGAGUCAGGCCAAUCGUCGCCUGGCUUGCAGAUCUACAAACGCAGCACCAGAAAGCUUUUGCCCCUCAAGACAGGUCUCAAUGUGCGCAUGCGUACUCUGGCCACCAAGCACGAUCCCCACGUCCAUCGUCGCGCCUCUCCGCAUCCAGCUCUCUCGCAGCUCGACACCACUCGACUUGUGCUCAGCGUCGAGCUCGAGAAUCCGUUCGAAUCCGACGCUGCAUUCACUGUCAACGACAUUCAAAUAAAGAUUGCCAGUAGUCAGACAGAUCCGCAUGACUCCUACAACAUUGUCGCCAAGCCGCUCCAGCCAAUGGCUUCCAUAUUGCCGAUUCAGCUCUCCCGCGCAAGUCAGCACAACUUGCUCUUCUACGUGUCGGUUGAGGCUGGCCAUGCUCAGUGCAGUAGCAAGGCCGCUCUCGAUCAACGUCUAGCCGGACCAAGGAAUGUCACCAUCACUGUAUCGGGCCAGCCUCAGGGCGACAAGGAGCAAAUGGCCGACUUCGACUCUCAGUGGAACUGUGCUCUUGACCUCACUCCCAUCUUGUCCGAUGCUGCUAAGAGGAACCUCAUUGGAAGCCAGCCAUCCACAAGCAGGCUGUCACAGCAGCCACUCGCAGGACCCGUAGCUGGCAACUCGCAGUAUUCAGCAUCGGCGCUGAGGACCGCAACUCAUGAUCGAAUUCGCUCUAGCUAUACCUCUGUAGCACCGCCAAGGACUGACCACGCGGAAGACGCUCGCACGCCUAGACCUGGGCAGUUGGGGAUGGGCUUCCCUCCACCGCUACGUUCGAGCUCAGCAAGACAGUUCUCUACUGCGACGGCGGCGACUGCGGUACAGCAUCCAGCGAUCGAGUCCCAAUCAACCUUGCAGGAACCAACGACUUUCUUGCAGAAGGCCAGAUCAAGAGCCGCAGCGCGCAACGCUACUGCGCAAAUGCACACGUCGGAUCACCUUUCCGGUGUCAGCGUCAAGCCCUGGAUGUCACAGUCCGUCGCAAGCAGAGAGCUGUCAGAAGGAGGCCUCGUGGUGCUCUCCGACAUUCGACAUGCUGGCGUCACCGCCACCGGCCGCGCAGAUCCACUCGAGGGCCAUCUCAACUUUGAAUCCACUCUGGGCGACGACGGACUUGCUCGUCCCUCUGUUUCGACCGGUGCCAAGACGUUGCACCCAACCUCAGUCGCUACAUCGGCGUUCGACGACAGAGCAGCGCGCUUCCAGACCGGCGACACCGUGCUCAUCGAUCUAACCAUCCUCCAUAGAAGCAGUCCUUCGGGCAUCGCUCACACCGCCGAUACCAUCACAGAUAUCGCCCUUUCCUGGGCAAAUCCAACCGACAAGAUGGCACCAAGCAAAGCACUCAACCGCGACUCAGUCGAUGCCGCCACAGACGUCAGCAGAGCCAGACUGAUCGACGCCGAUUCGGCGCGUCACAAGUCAUCCUCGCUUCUCUCCCAGGCUGAAUCCCUGAACGGCCUCGUUCCGAUUCAGGGAAACCUUGCUCUCCAGGAGCCGCUUUUGGUUGGUCAGAGUACGUCCGUGGCGCUUGCCCUCCGUUGCUUGUCGCCCGGAUUCCACGCCAUCCCGUCGUUGCAGAUGCAGUUCCAGUGCGCAUCGGGAGAACAGGGGAAGGUCUUGCUCGAGGGUCUAGGUCGGGUUCAUGUCAGCCCCGCUGCUGUCUUGUAA